AUGGCCGAUGAAGGCGGGAAGUGACUGAAAAACGGCACGGUAGCAAAGACUUCCUUUUUUCACCGGCGCAAAUCAGCGGAAAUCAAAUUGUCGUUAGAAAAAAAAAAUGAAAGACGGAUGAUUUGGUCUAAGGAUCGGUCCGCGGAAAUCUUCGGCUGCUAUCAAUCGGUUCAUCUGCCGACGAGAAGUGAGAUCUCGCAUUUUGGCCAUGUUGUGGCUUCGGUUCCUCGUCUUCUUUCUUCCCAUACUUUCGACUUUGACGGACGCAUUUUUCCUCUCUGGAUGCGGCUGUGGGUAAGCUCCAUUUUUCCACUCAAUGUUUCUAAGUUCGAUGUGUCAGAGUACCAAGUCCCUCAUCGACUUGUGGCUGUGAACGAGUAGCGGCUCCUCCUUUCGCGCCUCCGCCGCCGCCUCCUCCGCCGCCGCCGCCGCCACCUUGUGAAUGUCCUCCUGAGUCCUGCAACUCCUGUCCGCCACCGCAGCCGUCCUGCGGAUGCGGGGGACGAAAACACCGCAAGAAGUUCAUUCACCAUUGA